AUGCUUUCCCUCCGUACUCUCACCCGUUCAGCACCACGAGUUGCUCGCAACUUAACUACCACCGCCAUCAAAACCGCGACCCGUCCGUCCCUUCUCCAAACCGCUUUCCCCGCCUCAAGACUUCAAUGCGCAUCUGCAUUUUCGACAUCUAGCAUUCGAAGCAAAUCCGCGGCUCCAGAAAGCGAUGCCGAGUUAGUAGAGAAACUCGCUAGCGAGAUUCAAAUGGAGGAAGAUAUGAAGGCUCAAGAGGAAAUUCCUACGAGUGUGAAGGAUUAUAUGGAGAAUGGUCCUUUUGAGAUUUUGGAUACGCCUGGGCAGGAAGAGGUUGUUUUGACCAGAAGCUUUGGUGAUGAGAAAAUCCGAGUUACCUUCUCCAUCGCGGACCUCAACGCCUACGAUCCCGAAGCCGACGACUUCCAAGACCGCGGUCUCCUCGACGAAGAAGACCUCGACCCCAGCAAACCUGAGGACGUGGACGGAACCGAAGAAGCCUCCUCCACCUCAGACUCGACCCAAGGUUUUCCAGCCCGCGUAAACAUCAUCGUUGAGAAGAAAAACAAAGGUGCCCUUGCCAUUGAAACUGUCGCAGAAGAUGGCAUGAUCGUAGUCGACAACGUAUACUACUACAGUGACGCAUCGCACGCCUACGCCAAAACCACCGAAGCUGCGCAUCAGCGUCAAGAUUUGUACGUUGGACCUCCUUAUGGAAAUUUGGAUGAGGAUUUACAAGUCUUGUUGGAGAGAUAUUUGGAUGAGCGAGGAAUCAAUCAGGCACUUGCCAUUUUCGUCCCCGAUUAUAUUGAUAUGAAGGAGCAGAAGGAGUAUUUGAGAUGGUUGAAGAAUGUUAAGGGAUUUAUUGCAGCAUAA